CAGCAGAAGGUGGAAUGAAGGAUAUUAAUAUCCGCAAGUGGCUCCGUUUGAAUUUGCCGAGCCUGCCGAGCGGUACCCAGACUCGUGCAUAGACUUGCACCAAAGCCGGCCAAAAUCCCGUCAUUCGAGCCAAGUACUUUAGGAAAACCAUCUCGCUCGUAAUGUUCCAAAAUGCACUUCGGACAUCGGCAUAUCUCUCGCUUCACAGGAGCACUAUUUCCAGCUGUCUGAGGUCACAAACCUUUCGUCGAUUGCUAUCUCAGGAAUCUCGCUCAAAAAUACAGGCUGCAGUGACCGAACACCCUGUGGUAUUGUUUAUGAAGGGCAGCCCAGAGCAGCCUAUGUGCGGUUUUUCACGGGGGGUGGUGAAGAUCCUCAGUGCUUUCGACAUUCCACCUGAAAAGUUCAAGGCAUAUAAUGUCCUCGAGGAUUCGGAGCUCAGGACCGGAAUUAAAGAAUUCUCGGAAUGGCCAACCAUUCCACAACUGUAUGUGAACGGGGAGUUUGUAGGUGGGAGCGACAUUGCUUUAAGCAUGUUUCAAUCGGGAGAGUUAGAAACGCUCCUCGAGCAGCAUGGGGUUAUUCCGAAGGCGUCGGAAUCUCCCUCUUAAUGUACCGCAUGGAUAACACCAAGAAUCGGAAAGUUAGCGCCGUACUCACACAGACCCGCACCGUACAAUCAAAUAACUAUCAUCACUCUUUCCUUGUCCUCCUCAUCUUCGACUUCGUUUCGCUUUCGUUUUUAAUUCCUAUAGAGGCUAGAAGAUCCUCAGUGUUCGGAACAACUAAUCACUGC